GCCGCGCGUCAACAGCGGGGGCCUGGCGGCCGGGUUUACUCCUACGCCGCUGACGUAACGUCAUCUUGCGGAACGUGGACGGAAGAAAAAGGACAGUAAGCCGGCGCCCAAAUCGGCCCGGCGUGGAGUGCAGGCGGGCAGCUGGGCGGGUGGUGGCGGUGAGGCAGCCUCAAGUUUGACCCAGAGUGGCAAAGGCCUGUCACCAUGCUGUUCUCAACUCUGAGGGUUUUGGCCAUGUACUCAACCUCCUCAGGAUGGGUUCACAGUCAUUUAAGUGCAGUCUACAGAUAACUUUGAUCAGUGACCACAUCCCAGCAUGCUGAGUCAAGUCCACCACUCUGGGUUCCAGCCCUUCAGCCAGCGACUCCUGCCCUGGGUCCAGUUCACUGCUCUCUCCAGAUCUCAUCGUGUCCAGCCUUCAGCCGUCAGACAUGUUCGUGCUUGGAGCAACAUCCCCUUUAUCACUGUUCCCCUCAGUCGCACCCAUGGCAAGUCUUUUGCCCACCGCAGUGAGCUGAAGCAUGCCAAGAGAAUCGUGGUGAAACUCGGAAGUGCUGUGGUGACCCGAGGGGACGAAUGUGGUCUGGCCCUGGGGCGCCUAGCGUCUAUUGUUGAGCAGGUGUCAGUGCUACAGAAUCAAGGCCGAGAGAUGAUGCUGGUGACCAGUGGAGCCGUUGCCUUUGGCAAGCAACGCUUGCGCCAUGAGAUCCUUCUGUCUCAGAGCGUGCGGCAGGCCCUGCACUCGGGGCAGAACCAGCUCAAAGAGAUGGCAAUUCCAGUCUUAGAAGCACGAGCCUGUGCAGCCGCCGGGCAGAGUGGGCUGAUGGCCUUGUACGAGGCCAUGUUUACUCAGUACAGCAUCUGUGCUGCCCAGAUUUUGGUGACCAACUUGGAUUUCCACGAUGAGCAGAAACGCCGGAACCUCAAUGGCACACUUCAUGAGCUCCUCCGAAUGAACAUUGUCCCCAUUGUCAACACAAAUGAUGCUGUUGUCCCCCCAGCUGAACCCAAUAGUGAUCUCCAGGGGGUAAAUGUUAUUAGUGUUAAAGAUAAUGAUAGCCUGGCUGCCCGUCUAGCUGUGGAAAUGAAAACUGACCUUUUGAUUGUGCUUUCAGAUGUAGAAGGCCUCUUUGACAGCCCCCCGGGGUCAGAUGAUGCAAAGCUUAUUGACAUAUUUUAUCCUGGAGAUCAGCAAUCUGUGACAUUUGGAACCAAGUCGAGAGUGGGGAUGGGUGGCAUGGAAGCCAAGGUGAAAGCAGCCCUUUGGGCUUUGCAAGGUGGCACUUCUGUGGUCAUUGCCAAUGGGACCCACCCGAAGGUGUCUGGGCACGUGAUCACUGACAUCGUGGAGGGAAAGAAAGUUGGCACCUUCUUUUCCGAGGUAAAACCUGCAGGCCCUACUGUUGAGCAGCAGGGAGAAAUGGCUCGCUCAGGAGGAAGGAUGUUGGCCACCUUGGAACCAGAGCAGAGAGCAGAGAUUAUCUAUCAGCUGGCUGACCUGUUGACAGACCAGCGUGAUGAGAUCCUCUUAGCCAACAAAAAAGACUUGGAAGAGGCAGAGGGGAGACUUGCAGCUCCUCUGCUGAAACGUUUGAGCCUCUCCACGUCUAAAUUGAACAGCCUGGCCAUUGGUCUGCGGCAGAUUGCAGUCUCCUCACAGGACAGCGUGGGGCGCGUUCUGCGCCGGACCCGAAUUGCCAAAAACUUGGAACUAGAACAAGUGACUGUCCCAAUUGGAGUUCUGCUGGUCAUCUUUGAAUCUCGCCCUGACUGUUUACCCCAGGUGGCGGCCUUGGCCAUUGCAAGUGGUAAUGGCUUGUUACUCAAAGGAGGGAAGGAAGCCUCACAGAGCAACCGGAUCCUUCACCUCCUGACCCAGGAGGCACUCUCCAUCCAUGGAGUCAAGGAAGCUGUACAGCUGGUGAAUACCAGAGAGGAGGUGGAAGAUCUUUGCCGCCUCGACAAAAUGAUAGAUCUGAUCAUUCCACGUGGUUCUUCACAGCUGGUCAGAAACAUCCAGAAAGCUGCAAAGGGGAUUCCAGUGAUGGGGCACAGUGAAGGCAUCUGCCACAUGUACGUGGACUCAGAGGCCAGUGUCGAUAAAGUCACCAGACUAGUGAGAGACUCUAAAUGUGAAUACCCAGCUGCCUGUAAUGCUUUGGAGACCCUGUUAAUCCACCGAGAUCUGCUGAGAACACCAUUAUUUGACCAGAUCAUUGAUAUGCUGAGAGUAGAGCAGGUGAAAAUUCACGCAGGCCCCAAGUUCGCCUCCUAUCUGACCUUCAGCCCUUCCGAAGUGAAGUCCCUGCGAACUGAGUAUGGGGACCUGGAAUUGUGCAUUGAAGUGGUGGACAGCGUCCAGGAGGCCAUUGAGCACAUCCACAAGUACGGCAGCUCCCACACAGAUGUCAUCGUCACUGAGAAUGAGAAAACAGCAGAGUUCUUCCUCCAGCACGUAGAUAGUGCCUGUGUGUUCUGGAACGCCAGCACUCGCUUCUCUGAUGGCUACCGCUUUGGACUGGGAGCUGAAGUGGGAAUCAGUACAUCGCGCAUUCACGCCCGGGGACCAGUAGGACUUGAGGGCCUCCUCACUACCAAGUGGCUGCUGCGCGGGCAGGACCACGUGGUCUCAGAUUUCUCAGAGCAUGGAAGUUUAAAGUUCCUUCACGAGAACCUCCCUGUUCCUCAGAGAACCACCAACUGAAAGCACUGAGAGAAGAGCCGGGAAUAUUCUGAGAGGUCUUCAGUUAAACUUGUCUUAAGCAUCUCAGGGGAUGAGCCAGGUCUUGUCUCCCACUUUCUGGCAGGUUCUGCCUUUUGGGGAAGUGCACCUACAUGCUGCUCUGGGCUGUUGGCAACAUCAACCUGGCCAAUGUGUGUAUUCCAGCUCACCCUUUCUCUUUUCUUUUUUUUAAGUCAGAAAAUCAUUGUAAUGGAUAGGGACUUUGCUUAAUUGCUACCCAUAGGGACUUUGCUUCCCAGUCCAGUUCCCUCCACUGAUAGAAACAGAAAGAUGCAGCUUCUCCACAUAAACAGCAAUGGAAAAAUCAUGGCUGCUUUUCACCUUUUUAUCACCUCAGUGAGGUUAAGUCUCCCUGGCAUUUGGAUGGUACUACAGCCAUCGCAUAGGUCUUUCCACAUUUCAUUUCUUUUCACUAAUAGUCAUCUCUGAAAAGGAAAGGUUUGGAAUUUAGAAGAGGGGCAGCUCUUUUCAGGAUUCUCAUCAGAAACAGUCGCCAAAUGGAAUCGUUCCCCCUGAGAGGAUUGACCUUUUGUGUGUGUGUGUGGAGUUCGCAUAAAUAAGCAUUCCAGGUGCUCGCAGCCUCUGCGGACUCAGGGGAGCUGGCGUGCCCACAGUGCCGCUGGGCCCUGGAGCUGCAGACAGGAGGUGCACGUUCCAGGACGCAGUAGCUACAGCAGUUAUGCUUGAAAGUUGUAUAUGGAUUAUUUUGUCAGCCUGUCCUUUCCCUCCAAAAUAAAAACUAGAGGAUUAUUUUAAUACUUUGUAUUCUUACCCCUUUUUGAGAAAUAAAGUUCUUAGGAAAAGCUUGUGUGCUUGA